AUGCGGAUUGGCGGCGCGCCCCUGCGCAGGGCCGCCCUGGUGCUGGCGCCGCUGCUCCUGGCGGCCUGCGUCUUCGCUGCGGCCGUUCUUCGCUGGCGGCCGUCCUCCGACGGCCCGGAGGGCCUGAGGCGAGCAGCGGCCGGGGACGCCGUGCAGGAUCUCCUCCUUGCCAGGAAGGCGAAGUGGUCUGGCGUUGUCAUGAGCUCGAUCGGGGUGUUCUCUGGCCUGAAGAUCGAGCAGGGCUUCAGCAGGGCGGCCUUCUGGGAGCGGAGGUGCCCGAUCCACGCCAUCGGCCACGGCACAAGCGGCGACGCCGAGGUGUACACCGCAGCAUACAACGAGUGCACUGGGGUCGCGGACGUCGUGUAUUACAGCGUGGAUGCAGCAAAGUUCCGGACAGGGGCCGGGCGAUUUCCUGGCUGGAAGAACGACCCGGAGCUGGUGCGCGUGAUGAGGAGUCGCGGCAAGCGGAGGGACCAAUAUGCAACCGUCGACGAUUACCCUGGGGUUGGCGUCUUCAGCAUCGACCGGGGGCACCAAGCCCCUGUGGGCGCCUUCAAUGGCAUCGGCCAAGAUGACCAACACUCCUACAAACCUUUCUCCGCAGAACGGCUACCUCAACAAGGGCGUAUUCCUGGGCCCCACUAUUACCUGGAGCAGGAGAUGCGAGACAAGUCGGUGGAAGCCAAUGACGUAGAUGAUGCGGAGAAGGCUAGUUUCGAGUUGAUCACGGGACCACUCUAUGAAGUGCCAGAAGCGUUUUUCAAGAACGCCCGCGGGAAGAAGGCGUGGGAGGAAUUGUUGUGGAGUGGUGGCGAGGUGAACAAGGAGCAGCCUUGGUGCGAUAAGGCUGUCGGGGCAGACGGCUUCCGGUCGAGUCCUGUGCGGCAACCCGACGGCUCGGCAGCCACCCAGAAGGUCACGUGUCGCACGGGCCGAUCGAAGCUGAGUCGCCCGCACGACAAUCCGAAUCAACUCUCGAUGCAUUUCCAGCGAGACAGCAACGCAUUCCCGCUGCGCAUCCCGGUAGGCUAUUACAAGCUGGCCGUCCUCGGCGACGACAGCCAUUAUGGCCGCCACACCUGCCCCUACAUCAUGGACCAGGCUGGGCAGUGCAUGCUGGUGAGUCUCGAUCUGCUGCUCAAGUUGGCCCACCUCGACCUCAGCGAGUCGCAACUCGCAGGCCUCGGUGGCAUGGCCGUCCGGCCGGUGGACUCUGACCACGAAUAUUCCGCCGAGGUGCACGCCGAGUUCUGCCUGCAGCGAGGCAGGACAAUCCACAAGAAGAAGCUGUGCUACGACGCCACCGCACAGACGGACCUCGGGUCUCUCCAUGAAGACGUUCGAGGACUACUGGCGGGUGCGUGCGUAGGCCGGGGCAGCGCGGGCGAGGGCUGGCGUGCGAUCGCGCCCGAGGGGGUGCGCCUUGCAGACGGGUACGUCCAUCGAUGCUAG